AGGUUUUAGACUUGGUGCUGCCUCCGCUUGCCCUUUGGGCCUAAUGGACACUGAUGGAAAAUGACUCCACUGUUCCAGCGAUCCAUCAGACGCCUUCUCUCUCCUUCCCUCUCUCUCUCUUUCUCUCUACGAGGCCCCCCUUCCAUCCAUCCAUCAGGCCGCAGCUUUCAAACUGAUCGUGAACUUUAUGGGUGCUUUGCAAGCCCAGCUGCGAUAAACCGGCUUCAGUGAAGCAGACGGCUGUGGUGGUGAUUUCUAACAAGUUUAACGAGUAAUCGGUCAAAAACAGAGACAGCUUCAGCUACAGUUUCCAGUAGAUAACCUUAAUUCAUUUGUGUGCACCAAUUCUUAAUUCGUGUCACAUCAAAAUGGUCAGGUAACUCUUUGUAAUUUAGGGGAAAAAAGUGUUUAAUUGAGUUGGGGCUUUCCUCUAUACAACCUCAGCUGUGUACCGCCGGGGCUCAGUGAGUCAGCCAGCACAGAGUCCCCAGAGGGAGCGCGGUACAGCACGGCACGGCACGGCUACAGACCCCGCCCGCGCGGAAAGAAAGAGAAAGAAAGCGAGCGAGAUGGGGGAGAGAGAGAGAGGAGAGAGAGAGGGGGGUGGGGGUUACUUAGGCUACACCGAAUCAGGGUGCGGGUGUGCGCUGUUGCCCGCCGUAGGUGGAGGUUUGCACCGGAGCAUGUUCGGAUUAAAGCUGUGAUCGUGGCUGCCGCCGGUCAGCGUGACGCACGGGGCAGUGAAGGCGCACCGCGACUCGAGUCACAUUGGAUAAGAGCCCAGUGGCAGAGGAGGGAUCACCAAGUUGAGAUGCUGUAAGAUGCUCGCGGCUGUUCGUGGAGGAUGCUCCUGUCUCUCAGUUGUUCUGGUGCGAUAAGUUUGGACUGAAAAUACCGGAAAAGAGCGUGUUCGUCUGUCUGGAAUUUAUUUCAUUCAAAUGCAAUAAGAGAAAAGGUCAAGUGGACGUAGUUUUUUUUCCCCCUGCUGUGAAGAGAUUUGCGUUGUGAGGGGAGCGAACAAAGCGUGCGCCAGGCUCUACACAAAUCUGGGUAAACAAAUAUGACGGUCGAUUUGACCGUUGUCUCGUGUCUGCUGGUGAGUGACGAUACCGCUGAUAGAAUUACAAACCUCGGAUGAAUUCUGAAAGGUGAUUGAUUGUAAUUUCAUGGAGAGAGGGGGGUCUAACCCAGGUAGCGCAUCUAUCUCCCCCGGCUGCGCGUAAUGGGAGAAAAGUUUCGGACCUUGCAGAAGAGACGCACUCGCAGCAUCCUGCCGACGACGCGCUUGUAAAUAACAUGUGAAUCUUGCUCUCCCGUCUGAGGCCGACCAAGUUUGAAAGUGAAUUUCAACCGUUCAGUAUGACUUGAAACACCCUCGAGGUUAUCGGAACUCGCAUCAAGCCAGUCAACGAUCCAUGAACCGCGGACCCGAUUCGUCCAAAGACGCGCAGAAGGACAUUUAUGAUCUAGAGAGGAUUUCUGCAGCAGCAGCAGCAGCAGUGCAGUGAAAGCCUGAUCCCAGUUAAAGAGAGAGAGAGAGAGAUUGCCACUGGAUGUCUAUGAUGUUGUGCCAGCUCGGGCAGAGGUGUGUGAUGGAGGUGGUGGUGCUGACCGUCCUGUCCUGGGUGUCCGUGUGGGCGGAGGAGAAGAUCAUAUUUGACAGACACGCUGUCUACUGGAACAGCUCCAAUCCCAAGUUCUGGCACGGAGAGUACAGGGUGGCAGUGAAUAUCAAUGACUAUCUGGACAUCUACUGUCCUUACUAUGAGGGUCCUCCUUCCCACGGGCGCAUGGAGCGCUACAUCCUCUUCAUGGUCAACCACGAGGGCUACACUUCCUGCCAGCACAGGAUGCGUGGCUUCAAGCGCUGGGAGUGCAACCGUCCCAGCGGUCCUGACGGACCCCUGCGCUUCUCAGAGAAGUUCCAGCUCUUCACCCCCUUCUCCCUGGGCUUUGAGUUCAGGCCUGGACACGAGUACUACUACAUCUCGUCUCCUCACCCAAACCAUGUGGGGCGGGCAUGUCUAAAGCUGAAGGUGUAUGUCAGACCUCCAGAUGGAUCGGGAUAUGAUUCUCCGGAGCCCUUCCUGACUGAUGGAGGUCCAAGCUGGAGGCCAGGGUCCAUGGUGCUGUUAGCUGUUCUGGCCCCACUGCUCCUGGGACUCUUCUCCUGGCUGUGACCCCUCUCCCCGGCCUCCUGGAGUUUCCACCCAGGGUUGCUGAGCUGGGCUGGCUGUCCCUCUAAAUCCACCACCCCUCAGGGAAGCCCUCUGUCUCCGUCCCACCCGUCCCCUCCCUCCCCCCCUCCCACCUUCCACCUCUGUACGACCACCAACCACCCCCACUGCCAGCCUCCUCCAUGGCCCAGCCACGGACACCCUUCCCAGGCCUGGCUGAGAGGGCUGGGUCUUGAGCUGCCUGGGAACCUGCCCUUCAUCUCUGAUCCCUGAACUCUGGGUGGAACAGCACCUCUCAGCUGAAAAACACAAGGGAAAUGUCUCUGCACUCAUAUCAGGGGGUCCUUUUGAUUUGACUAUUGACUCUUGGCCACUGAUGGGGUAGAUAUAGCCAUGGCUAUGAUUAAACUUGUCGUUCCAGUGCAAUUCCUAUCAUCCAAUCACGGCAGGACGCAUUAAGCGAUAGGCUUGGAUGCACAAAAAUUGGAUUUUGCCCACAUUGCUAUCUCAUCCUCAAACCAAGAAUUGGAAGUGGCCAAGCUUGCGUUGUAAUUGGAAUUCUAUACUAUCUGGACGAAUUCCAGCCACAACGAGAAUAAGAGCGAAUGCAUGGAGAUGAAGAGGAGGAAAGAGGCCUGGAAUGAUGUGCAGAAAAAAAAGGGGGAAAACAAUGCGGGCACAGAUUUAAAUAAAUACGUCCAUAUGGGAAAUGUAAUAUUAUAUGUGUUGAUAUUUUCAGACCCAGUGUAGAUUCACGGCAACGUGAUAUAAAAAAUCUUGAACAGUUUGAUUUUUUUCAUGAGGAGCUCAGAUAUCAUAUUGUAAUGACAAGUAUAACCAUAGCCUGUUUCAGUAGGAGGGUAGGGUGUGUGUGUGUGGGUGGGUGUUCUGGGUGGGUUUGGUGAGGUGUAUAUUUUCAGGUGGGAUGUGUUUUGUCUUAUUCAUGUUUCUAAACAAAGCAUUUAUCACAGCCUGGCCAGCACAGGCGUCUUCAGCACUGUCUAAUGUCGAUUGGGUCGGGUGACUUUUGGAACCAUGACUUUCUCAUGUAUGAAUGUACCACUGGUCACCCACCUCGUUGUCUUUCUGUAUUAUUAUGACUGUGGUCACUUACAGUACCUUCUCUCGGACUGGCAGGAUGAAUGGGGAUUUGGAGGGAGGGGGAGGGAGGGGCUGGGAGUGAAGUAAAGGAUGAGCGGAGGACAGGUGAGAAAAGGAGGCGACACUCAAGUUGCAUGACCACUGUGAAACCUUCAGAUCAAUCUUGUUUGUAAUGAUGAUAUAUUUUUUCAUGGGGAAAAUCAGAAACACCCUGCUACCGCUCUCUUGCUCUCGCUGAGACUUUUUCAGACAUCAAAAACGAAAAUUCAACCUCUCUCCUCACACGGUUUCUCCUGUCUGGCUUUUGGUCAUUGAUGGAUUAGUUUGGGCCGGGAGAUAAAUGGACCCACAGGGUGAAACUGACUGGAAAUCAGCCCUCGGAGCCCAGACCAGAUCGCAAUGGACGUAAACACUGACUGAAGCUGGUCCUGGGCCUGAGGGUUAAACCAAUAAGGGAAGCGCAUAGACUGUGGCAAAUGAGGCGAGGUGUGUGUGGUAGCAUCACAAAAACACACAUAUGGGCAUGCACACAUACACUCAUACACACACAUAUACAACCAUACACACACAUACACACGCAGUCUUUGAUAACGAGGCUGUUCCUCUGAGAUGGUGGACAUGACUAUAAAGGGAACAGCACAAAGAGAGAGCGAGCAGAAGAGGGAGAGGGAGAGAAAGUGUGUGUGUAUCAUGGGACUGAGACUUCUUUAAUGUUGGGAAGUGAGCAUAAUGAGUAAGCACUGUGAACACACACACACACACACACACACACACACACACACACACACACAUAAUGACCCAUGUACAGAUACACACACGCACACACAUGCAGACAUAUGUAGAAAAGCACAUGCAGAUCUAGACAUUUACAAAGACAUGGCAUGCACAUACACACAUGUACAAAGACACACACACACAAACACACACAAACAAGGGGAAGCACUUCCUUCCCUGUUUCAUCUUAUUUUUGUAGCAUUUAAAAUCACUGUUAAUUACUCCUGUGUGGGAUGCAGUGAUGGGGUAUAGCCUGUGGAAGAUUAAAAAAAAAUGUGUCUUCUCUUCUUCUAUUCCACUGAUGCUGUCCUUCUAUCGUUCUUCUUCUUCUCUGGUUUGUGAUCCAAUGGUCGGUAGUGGUAGGAUGCCUCCAGGUCUGAGCGUCAUGUAUGAGUUUGUCUCCUUUUCUGUUUGUGGUGUUUUUUGUGGAAGCUGACCUCAGUCAUUAAAGUCAGUCAGUCAAAAGUAAACACAGAAGUCAGAGCAAGGAGAGAAACACACAAAUAAAGAUUGUCUUUUUGUCUACUCGAAAAAAACAA